CGCGAGAGCCGCGCGGUCCGGCGCGCGCGGGCCGCGCCAUGUCGGAUGCCGUUGGGCGCAGCCGGGGCCCCGCCCCGCCCGGCGGCCCCCAGCGCCCCGCACUGAGCCCGGAAGCGCUUCCCGGCCGCGCUCUGCCCGGGACCCCGCGCCCCGCGCCCGCCUCCGCCUCCCGCGCCCGCCGCGGCACAGCGCCUCUCCCUCUCCCCUUCCUCGGGAGGAGCGGGGGGGGCCCCCGCAGCGGCGCCCGGGGCAGAACCGGGGGGCGGGAAUGCAGCCGCCGGAGCCGCAGCCGGAGCCGAGCCCCCAGCGCAGCACGAAAAUGCCAGAAGCCUCAGAAGACCACAAUCAUUGGAAGGCCUGUUGACUUCUGUUCUCUGGUAAUCUGGAACAUCAUCCAUCUGGCAUGGCGCAGGGCAGCCAGCAGCUCGACGUGCAGGUACUCCAUGACCUCCGGCAGCGUUUCCCUGAGAUACCUGAAGGGGUGGUGUCUCAGUGCAUGCUUCAGAACAACAACAACCUCGAUGCCUGUUGCCGAGCCCUCGCACAGGAGAGCAGCAAGUAUUUGUAUAUGGAAUACCACAGCCCCGAUGACAGCAGAAUGAAUAGAAAUAGCCUUUUGCACAUUAAUCUGGGUAUUCAUCCUCAUAGCAGCUAUCACGCGGGGGAUGGAGCUCAACUUAAUGGUGGUCGUACACUGGUACACAGCUCAAGCGAUGGACACAUUGACCCGCAGCGCACGGCAGGUAAACAGCUGAUUUGCUUAGUUCAAGAACCACAUUCUGCUCCCGCCGUUGUGGCAGCUUCUCCUAGUUACAAUCCAUUUUUUGUGAAUGACCAGAAUAGAAAUGCAGCUACUCCUCCUCCACAGCCACCUUCACAGCCAUCUUCCAUACAACCAGGAAUGAACACGUCUGCUAUGCAAGGCCCUCCCACGUAUAUGCACAUACCUCGGUACAGUACAAAUCCCAUUACUGUUACAGUAUCACAGAACCUCCCCUCUGGACAGAGUGUACCCAGAGCUCUACAAAUUCUUCCACAGAUUCCAAGCAAUCUUUAUGGGACUCCUGGCUCUAUUUAUAUUAGACAAACAUCUCAAAGUUCUUCAGGACGACAGACUCCUCAGAAUACACAGUGGCAUUCAUCGCCACAGGGCCCAGUUCCACAUUAUACUCCUCGUCCUCUACCUGUAUAUCCACAUCAACAGAACUACCAACCUUCUCAGUAUUCUCCAAAACAACCCCAGAUCCCUCAGUCGGCUUUUCGAUCACCACCGGCAUCCCAGUGUCCCUCUCCCUUCGGCUCUCCUCAACACCAAGUUCAGCCUCCUCAGUUGAGUCACCAGAGUUCACACGUUUUCAUGCCUCCUAGUCCUUCCACUGUCCCGCCCCAUCCAUAUCAGCAAGCAUCCCAGACUUUUCAAAAGCAAGGUGGUCACUCUGUAUCGUACCUUCCUCCUUUUGCUGGGCCUAGUUUAUCCAAAGGUUCCAUGAAUAAAAUAGAAAUUACAGUUGAGCCACCACAAAGACCUGGGACUGCAAUGAACAGAAGCCCUUCACCUAUAAGUAAUCAACCAUCUCAACGAAACCAGCACCCGCUGUAUGCAGCCACUACUCCUCCUUCAAGCUCUCCAUCCAGAGGUAUGUCGGGACAACCCAAACCUCCAUUUAGUGUUAAUCCAGUAUAUAUUACCUACACUCAACCAGCUGGACCUGCAGGUGCACCAACGCAGUCUCCUCGGGUAAUGGUGUCUCAGCCAAACCCAACCAUUUUUAAAAUCACAGUAGGUCGAGCACCGACUGAGAAUCUUUUAAAUUUAGUGGACCAAGAAGAGCGUUCUGCAGCACCAGAACCUAUUCAGCCUAUUUCUGUAAUCCCAGGAUCUGGAGGAGAAAAAGGAAGCCAUAAGUAUCAGAGAAGUUCUAGUUCUGGAUCAGACGACUAUGCUUACACUCAAGCCUUGCUGUUACAUCAACGAGCAAGGAUGGAGAGAUUAGCAAAGGAACUGAAGCUUGAGAAAGAAGAGCUUGAACGCCUGAAGACUGAAGUCAAUGGCAUGGAGCAUGAUCUGAUGCAGAGGCGGCUUCGGAGAGUCAGCUGUACAACUGCAACUCCCACACCUGAGGAAAUGACCAGAUUGAGAAGCCUCAACAGACAACUCCAGAUAAAUGUUGACUGUACACUGAAAGAAGUUGAUCUCCUUCAAUCUAGAGGAAACUUUGAUCCGAAAGCCACAUGUAACUUCUAUGAUAACAUAGAGCCUGGUCCAGUUGUGCCACCAAAGCCAUAUAAAAAAGAGCAUCAAAACAGCUCCAAACAGACUCCACGGACUCAGCCAAGAGAUGAAGACUUUGAAGGGGCCCCCUGGAAUUGUGGUAGCUGCACCUUUCUAAAUCACCCAGCACUAAAUCGCUGUGAACAGUGUGAAAUGCCACGAUACACCUGAAAUUCAGGAAAGGGCUGCACUGGGUUGAACACAGGCUCUCAAGCCAACAGCUGUAAGAGAAGGAAACAUGGGGAACCUUUCAGUCCACCUGCCUGGCCUUUGCCAGUCAACAAUCUUCAUACUGCAAGGGGUGGGAGUAAUGUGUUAGGAUGUUUCUGCUUCUGCUGCACUAGAAAAGAAAUGAAUUAAGGGUUAAAUUCCUUCCCAUUGUAGUGAGCAAAGCAGAAAAUGAAACCCGAAAAUGUAAAAGGAUUAAUUUUGAGAAGAAUGUAUGCAGGAAAGCAAAUAACUACUGGUGUUUAUUCCUGUGGUUAUAGUUACUGCUUAGUGGCUCUAAAAACAACCAACCCAAAACUACUGUUUUUUAAAGAAAAUUAUAGGACUCUUAGUAAUGGUGUGAAGUGUUACACUUAACCAGAAAAACUGAAGAGCCAGAGCUGACUUAACCUGGCCACAGCUAGCUGGAAAACAAAGGCUCCCUGUGCUUCUAGAUUGUAAGCUACUGAAAAAGAAGACAGGUAAAUGCAAUGAUAAAUUUUGCAAUGUAUAAAAAAACAAGGAGAAGGGUAUUUGUAAUUGCUGCUUUUUUUCAGGGUAACUUAUGUCUACAAAAAAUUGCUGUUUGAAAUAGUGACCUGAGGUGUCUAAAUGAGGAACCGUGUGAGUGUUAAAGAGAGUGUAAUCAGAGGUGAUUUUUUACAAUCCCGUUUGCUUGUACAGUGCCCACCUGGCUGUGUCAACACUGGUAAUAAACCGAGAAUGAAUUCUGCCGCGUUGCGGAUGAAAAUCCUGCUGCAUGCUUUCAUUGGGCCGUCGUGUUUCCAAGCUCAAAGGAUGCUUCUCUGUCCAACCUUCUGAGCCCGUGCUGUGCGUCAGCACACUGAGAUAUGCCAUACACAGGCUACUCCAAAUUCCAUUGGGAAGACUUGGGCUCAGCCAUAGUUGUGUUUGAGAAGAGUUUAUACCCAGUUCCUUAGGCCUUUUCAGCUUCCAAUUUGUGAAGAAUUCAUGGUGUUUACAGCACAGAAGGUACUUUGUGCCCCAGAUCAAAGUUAGCUGAAAAAAUGAUUAAUCAGCUCUUCAGUAAAGGUUUAUUUGCACAUUAUUAAUAAACCAGCCUGUACAAAAUAGCAGAUGCCAGAUCCUGAAGAAUUACACACCGCAUUCUUUCUCUUUUGGUCAGGAAAUAUUUGUCAUAGGUUAAAGAACACAAGACUUGCAGUUGAAAAUCCUACUGGUACUUAUCUGCCUACGAAACACUGUAUUCUGAAGGUGAUGUUCAAUCUGUCUGAAUGCUUCAGGCUGCUGGAAUAAAGCACUCGAUACUUUGAGAUCGAACUUGGGUUUGGGCAGCUGAAUGAUUCUGUGACACAGCUGUGUGACUGAGUAGGGUGUUCUGUGUACUGGUCAGAGGCUGGUACAGUGCAUUUGAGUUUUUAUGGUAUAACUUCAUCACAAUUCAGAGAUCAGCCAAGCACUUCAGCUGAAUUAUGGUAAUUGACUUGAUAAAGCAAAAUUUGCUAUUAACUUUACCAUGAGAGUUCAAAACGACUUAAUUUUAAGCUGUUCUUAGCUCAUGGCAGCCACAUCUAUAUUGUCAAUUACCACAGUUCACUCGAUGUGUGAUAACAUGCUAAGCUGUGGUAGAACAAUCAUAUGUCUGAAUCCUUAUUUAAAAUAAAGCAGCAUUUGCAAGGGGUGGGUGGAGAAAAGCUCAUCCUGCCUGCAUUGCUCAAUCUGGUGUCUUCUUUCCCCACAGUUUAUAAAGACAACAGUAAGAACCAAACUGUUGAUCUUAGAUGAGGAACCAAUAUUUUAUCUGGCAUUUUUCAAUAUGUUCUUGCACUAAAUCUUCAGGAUAAUUUAAAAUAAGCUAAGAGAUCUCCAGCAAUCACUGUGCACCACCAAUGAGCAAAACUAAGUCAAAGGCAUCAGAGAUAGUUUUCCUUCCUUCCUAGUGAUUUACACUGUUGUGAGGGGAGCUCAUCACAUGUGGAAGGGGGUAAGAAAGUUACUGUCAGCUGAAAUUAAAAGCCAAGUAUUAAUUUUGUGCAUGUCAGUGGACAGUUUGACAAAACUGAGAACUAGAAAAACAGAGGAGCAGAAGCAUUGCUGUUAUCAGCUGUAUCACGAAUGACUCCAAACAAUACCAGUAACUUCAUGGCUUUUCUGUCCUGAUGCCUUUGCCAUUGUAUUAUUUCAAUUUUCUGUUCCUUUGUACUUCUGGUGAAGUUCUAGAAGCAUUUGUUUUUGCUGGAAUUACAAAAAAAGAUAGCAACUGAAGUGACAGUCAGCAAAUGAGAGUAGGGGUGUCAUGCAAAAACACAAUUGUGCCAUUUUCAGACAGAAUAGAUGCUACUUUCAAAGGAGGAGGUGCAGAUAUGCAUUCAGUCCAAAAAUGCCCUGAACUGCAAUAACCUUACAUGGAGACUUGCAAUCACCAGAGGAAGAGAAGGAGGGCUGCCACCACAGCAAGAGACUCAUUGGAAGAGUGAGCACCAUUAAAUUGAAAAAUAAGUCCCUUGUACCAAUGACUUUACUGGGUUUUUCAAUUACUCUCAUUUGUUGCUUGUACAAACAAACAAAGGAAACCACCACACCCUUCUGUUGUAUUCUUUUACUUGUGAAUGCCCAUACUCAAACUUCAAUAGUAAAGACUUGACAUGGUGCUUGAAUAUUUCUAGUUUGUUAGAAUGUAAUUGUAUUUUGAAUAUUGGAAGAUCCAUUUUCCUUCUGAAAGCAGGUGAUGCCGUUCAAACCCCAACUGAAUUGUAGAUUAUACCAAAAAGAUUGGUUUAUGGAAUAUUUAUUGAAUGCACAUAAAACCCUAAUGUCAGCUGGCAACAAAAUGCACUGUAUUGUAUAAAACUUGUGUGUGUGAGUGAGAGAGAGAAUGUUGGGAUGCUGAUGCUGUUGAUUUAAUGCACUACUUGUAUUUUCUUUUCUCCUUAAUGACUGAGCUUUCCCUCAGCCAUGCUACUAGAUUGGUAGAGUUUGUAACUGACUUGGACAUUCAGUUAUUCAAAAUGAUCUCACUGUUCAUUGAAAUUUUAUAAAGCUUAUUUUAUAUUUACUGUGCUAUUAAGAUGAAUUCCCUUUAAUUAUAGGAUACUACUGUAGUUCUUUAAAAGUUUAUUUAGAGUGGGGCUUGUGGAAAAUUAUUCCGAACAUAGUAAACCAAAAGAAAUCCUGAACUUUGGAUCUACUUUUAAUUUGAUGUAAUUAUUAGUCUUGUUUGGGUGAAGAGGAAGGGGGUGGGAAAGGAAAAGGAAAGGAAGUACUUUGUAAAAUGUAGUCUUAGAUCAGAUUGAAUUGUGUAUCUGUGUGUCUGUGGUAUGUGUGUGUUUCCCUUGAAAAAUGGGAGGUGUGGUGAAAAGGUGUAAUAAUUCUUAAAAGAGCUGGUCUCAGUACUUUCUGAUUAUGAUAUGCUACUGAAUCACGUUUGGUUUUAUUUUUAAACCCAGCUUUUCUCUCAGUUACUUUAUCUCUCCCAGCUAUACAUCUCUCACUUCGAUUUCUAAAUACUUCUGCAUUUAAUAUUGAUUGUAAAAUCCCUUGAAACUGAAAUAGAAAUACUUGAGUUGAAAUGGGGACAAAAUAAAAACAAUAAAGAAUGUUUUUAAAAAGAAUGUGAGAAUAUUAAAUAUGUUAAAAACAAGCUUGUCAUCAGGAUGAUAGUUCUUUUAAAAUCCCGUGAUAUGCCCUAGAAUGUGAACAUGACUAUCCUGAUGAGAAGUGGAUGGUUGGACAUAAUGAAUUCAACAGCCAGUUUGGUACCAGAGAAUUGGUGUGCUCUGUACUGCAGUGACUCCAAAUCCCACGAGGAAGGAAGACAUGCACAGGUAUCACAUCUCACAGUCAGUACUGUCUCUGUGUGCAGCUGCAUUUGUUUCUGUUUCAAAAAGUCAAUCUUACAUGAACCCAGACAUGACUGAGUUUUGCCACAUUUCUUCAGUUGGGGCUUUCAUUGCUGUAUAUGUCCAUAAAUGCAGAUAUUUUUCUUGGAAUAAUCAGAAAUCAAUGGAGUUAAUGCAAUAUUAUAAUCCUGGAUUUCCAGUAUCUUUGAAACCAAUUUUAAAAAAACUGUGUUCUUGAAACUUAUUUAUUUAUGGUGGCACCAGUGUAUCUAAUCCAUACUUCCUGCUGUGUGAAACCCUGUUAAAUUUUUUCAUUAAAAAAGAAGACACGAUCUUGUUUAAUCCUGUAUAUAUGGUGUCUACAUUCUAGAUUUGUGUAUGCUGUGAAUGAACUUAUUACUAAGAGAUGAAAUUGUAUAAAAGCAUUCAGAGGCUAUGCAUGCAUGGUACCUCCAGAAAGUGCAUACUCCAAGUUGCAGAUUCCUGCAAAAAUAAAUUAAUAAAACUAAGCAAACAUCA